UAGCUUUCUUCAAAUUGCACUUAUCAAAUUAAAAAUUCAUUCAUAAGCCCUGUCUUACUAAUAUUUUGUUUAAUGCUUGUGACAAUGACAUGACUCAAAUCUAACAAAAUUUCGUCUUCAACUCUUAGUUUCAUAUAGUCAUCUGUGUCUAAUUGAUUAAGAUUGAAAAACUGCCAUAUAUGACACUAGAUGCCAACGGAAGAACAAGGAGAUUCCGUGAAACAAAAACUAAAUCCGGGUGGGACAGAUUCAUUACCCUGAAAGAAUUCAAUCACCCUACUAAUGGAUACUUGGUCAACGACACUUCUGUGUUUGGAGCUGAAGUCUUUGUACACAAAGAGAGUGUUGCAGGCAAAGGGGAGUGUCUGUUGAUGACAGCCGGACCUGUCAGUUGUAACCAUACCUGGAAGAUAGAGAAGUUCUCUGAAUUGGCUAAUGAAUGCCAUUCCUCUGAAGUGUUCAUUGCUGGAUGUCAUAAAUGGAGAAUAUCUCUUUAUCCCAAUGGUAAUGGAGAAGCAAAAGGCAAAAGCCUUUCUUUGUUCUUGUUGUUGGAUGGUUGUUGUUCAUGUUGUAAUGGAUUUAAAAUUGGUUGCGAUUUCUUGUUCUGAAAUUCAUGAGCAUUUGAU